AUGGCCAUUGAGGAGGACGUGGAGAGCUGCGGCAGCCGAGCGGCCGACUCUUUCUCGCACAUCAACCCUCGCCAUCACAGGCAGAAGCUGGAGGUCUACAACGAGGUUCUCCGCAGAAUUCAGGAUUCCGCUCACGAAGACGCCAAUCUCCCUGGCUUCGACGAUCAGCUCUGGCUUCAUUUCAAUCGCUUACCUGCACGCUACGCUCUAGACGUUAAUGUUGAGAGGGCGGAAGACGUGCUUACUCACAAGAGACUGCUCCAUUUGGCAGAAGAUCCUGCUAAUCGACCUGCAUUUGAAGUUCGUUUGGUGCAGGUGUUUCCUGUCUCAAAUGGAAAAGCUCUUGACUCCAUUCAUUUAGAUUCUUCACUGAGAGAAGAUGCUCAAAGUUCUUAUAUAUCAAGCAGACAAGCUACCCACGCUCCUCCAACAUUUGGUUCAUCAUCUAAUCUUGAAGCUCUCACACAUAGAUAUCAUGUUGAAGAUGGUGAUAGCGCUGUAAACUCAACAUCAAACCAGGCCAGGCCCAUGCAUGAGAUCACCUUUUCGACAGUAGACAGGCCUAAACUCCUUAGUCAGUUGACUUCCCUGCUUGCUGAAGUUGGUUUGAAUAUCCAAGAGGCCCAUGCAUUUUCUACCGUUGAUGGGUUUUCCCUGGACGUCUUCGUUGUGGAUGGUUGGCCUCAUGAGGAGACUGAGGAGCUUAGAAAUUCUUUGGCGAAGGAAAUUCUGAAGUCUAAGGAACAGCAAGUUUCGAAACAGCCUUCUAUUUCCACUAUCAGCAUUGUUAAUAACACGAGGAUUGUACCACUUCCUGGUUGCAUAGAAAUACCCAGUGACGGCACUGAUGUCUGGGAAAUUGAUGCCAGUCAGAUAAAAGUUGAAAACAAAGUGGCAUCUGGAGCGCAUGGCGAUCUAUACAAAGGCAUGUAUUGCAGUCAGGAAGUGGCUGUCAAAGUUCUAAAGCCAGAGCGUGUCAGUGCCGAAAUGCUUAGAGAAUUUUCUCAAGAAGUUUAUAUAAUGAGGAAAGUCCGACAUAAGAACGUUGUGCAGUUCAUCGGAGCGUGCACUCAGCCUCCAAACUUGUGUAUAGUGACAGAAUUCAUGGCAAGAGGUAGUAUAUAUGAUUUUCUGCAUAAGCAGAAUGGCGUCUUCAAACUUCCAUCGUUAAUUAAAGUUGCAAUAGAUGUGUCGAAGGGAAUGAACUAUCUCCACCAGAAUAGUAUAAUUCACAGGGAUUUGAAGACGGCAAAUCUACUAAUGGACGAGAACGAGGUAGUUAAGGUUGCUGAUUUUGGAGUUGCCAGAGUACAGACUCAAUCUGGAGUAAUGACUGCUGAAACUGGGACGUACCGGUGGAUGGCUCCUGAGGCAUAUAUAUUUAACUGGGUGAAGGUGAUUGAACACAAGCCAUAUGAUCACAAGGCAGACGUUUUCAGUUUUGGAAUAGUGUUGUGGGAGCUUUUAACCGGAGAGCUCCCGUACGCAUACCUAACCCCAUUGCAAGCAGCUGUGGGCGUGGUGCAAAAGUGUUUGCGACCUACAAUUCCAAAACAGACUCAACCAAGACUGGCGGAACUUCUUGAGAAAUGCUGGAAACAAGACCCAACACAAAGGCCCAGCUUCUGUGAAAUCAUAGACAUCCUUCAGAAAAUCGCCAAAGAGGUAAAUGGUUAA